AUGAUCAGGGCAACAACGGGCGCGUUGAUGGGGGUGAUGACCCCCGUUCUUGGAAAGCUCACAGCUCUACUCAAGGAGUAUGACAGGCUCAAAGGCCUCCAUCCUCGGAUCACUUCUCUGAGAGAUGAGCUGCGCAGCAUAAAGGCUGCCUUGGAGGAUCUCUCACAGCUGGAGGAGCCCAGCUUGCAAGUGAAGGAGUGGAUGAAUCAACUGCGGGAGCUGUCCUACGACAUUCAGGACUGCAUCGACGACUUCGUGCAUGGCCCUGUCCAGGACGGUGCCCAUGAUGGCCUUACAAGUAAGAUUGCUGGCUGGCUCAGGACGAUCCAACAUUACCACCAAAUAGGUGGCAACGUUGAUAAGCUCAAGGAGCGUGCCGUAGAGGUUAAUGAUCGGCGCAAGAGGCUCAAGCUGGAUGUUGUGCCCUCCUCUUCUAGUGCCAUGGCAAUUCAUCCUAGGUUGUCGGCCCUCUUUGAGGAGGCUGACAGGAUCAUAGGAUUUGAUGGUCCAAGAGAUGAGCUCGUCAAUGUGCUCGUUGGUGAAACUGAUUUAGUACAGGAACGCCGUGUCAUUUCUAUCGUUGGCGCCGGAGGCAUUGGCAAGACAACCCUUGCCAAUCAGGUAUACAAGGAAGUCAAAAGUCAAUUCCAGUUUGCAGUUUUUGCAUCUGUGUCCAGGACUCCUGAUGUCAAAAAGAUCCUAUCUGGUGUGUUGUUGGAAAUUCUUGAUGGAAGCAACGCAAUGUCGGUUGAUGACAGUCAACGCAUCAAGGAAGACCUCAGUUCGUUAAAAGUGGAAUACAAUCAACUUGUUCAAAAAAUUAGAGAAAAUCUCCACAAUAAAAGGUAUUUUGUCCUGAUUGAUGACAUAUGGAGUAAACAAGCAUGGAAAGACAUCCAAUGUGCUUUUCCCUAUAAUAAUAAUGCAAGUUGGAUAAUGACGACUACACGUAUUCAGGAGGUUGCUGAAUCUUGUAGCUUUCCGCAAGUAUACUACGUUUAUCCUAUGAAGCAUCUUGACAAUGAUGCGUCAAAAAGAUUAUUCUUGAAAAGGAUCUUUGCCCAUGAAGAUGAUUGCCCAUUUGAAUUGAAAGACGUUACCUAUGACAUACUAAAGAAGUGUGACGGCUUGCCACUUGCUAUAGUUAACAUGGCCAGCCUACUUGCAACAAAACCAACCACAAAGCUGGAGUGGGUGAGGGUGCGUAAUUCUCUUUAUUCAGCACUGGAACAAGACAAUGAGUUGGCAGUAGUAAGAAGGAUAUUGCUUCUGAGUUAUUAUGACCUACCUUGCUAUUUGAAGAUGUGUCUAUUGGACCUAAGCGCAUUCCCUGAGGACCAUGAGAUUGAUUGUGAGCGUCUAGUAUGGAGAUGGGCCGCUGAAGGAUUAGUUGUUGCCCAACAAGGGCAAAACGUUGAAGAAAUAGCAGAAGGAUAUUUUAAUGAGCUCAUCAACAGGAACAUGAUCCAAUCGGAGGAUAUUAACACCGAUGGAAGAGUGACGAGCUGUCGUGUGCAUGAUAUCAUGCUAGAUCUCCUUAUAUCCCUGUCGAGUGAAGAAAACUUUGUUGCUAUAUUAAAUAGCCAAAAGUGUACAACUUCGACAUACAAGAUUCGACGCCUCUCCCUCCAAGGCAAUUGUGAAGAGCAUCAUAUGUGGCUGAACACUGGUAACUUUUCUCAUGUCAGGUCAGUCAGUGUGUUCGGUGAUUGUAAGCGGCUGCCCCCGCUCAUUGGCCUCCAAACUUUACGGGUACUAGAUGCAGUGGACUGUAAUCAAUUAGAGGAGGAUAAUGUGUAUAUUGAGGAUAUUGGAAGUUUACAUCAAUUAAGGUAUUUAAGUCUUGGGCCCUUGUUCAGCAGGCUUCCAAGAGAAAUCAAGAAUCUACGGUUACUACAGACACUAGACCUGACUAGAGCAGAUAUAAGAGAAUUGCCCGCAUCCAUUAUAGAACUGCACCAACUGGUGCGCCUGUUUGUGAAUGUUUGCGUGAAAUUCCCAAGUGGGUUUAGCAAUCUGAGAGCUCUUCAGGAGUUGAAGUGGUUUGGUUGUGACAAUAAUUCCUUAGACGUUGUGCUGGAGCUCGGACAAUUAUCUAAACUGAAGAAGCUGCACAUAUGUUGGGGUAUUUUUGAUGAUACAAAUGGUGAUGAGGAUAGAUACAAGAAAUGUUUUCUGUCGUCACUAUGCAAGCUAGGGGAAGGCAAUCUUCAAACUCUACAUAUUGAUGGUUUACUGCGUAAUGUAGAUUCCUUGAUUGACUCAUGGUGCCCUCCUCCACGUCAUCUCCAAGAUUUUGAGAUUGGGUCAAUUUCCCAUACGAUUCCCAGUUGGAUCUCCUCUCUGUCCGCCCUCAUGUUUCUAUGCAUCACGGUGGAACAACUGGAACAAGAAGAUAUGCAGGUGCUCAAAGACUUGCCAGCCCUUGUAAGCCUCACCCUGGAAGCAAGCAAUUCAAAAGAAGUACUCACCAUCAACCGUGGUGGAUUUCAGUGUCUAAAGCAGUUUUGUUUUGUCCUCCGGUUUUGGGCUAGUGAUGUAGGUUCGGCACCCAUUGUAGACAAAACGCGUGGGCCGAAUCUGUUGUUUGGAGAAGGAGCAGCACCAAAGCUAGAGAAGCUUAGUAUUCACUGUCGGGCACGUGAUAUGGUAUCUGCAGAAGGUGUUGCUUCUAAUUUUGGCAUCUCCCACCUUGCCUCCCUCAAGCAACUCCGUGUUAGCAUUGCUUGUAGCGGUGCGAGGUUAUGGGAGGUGGAGGCCACGUUGGAUGCCAUCCACAAUGCUUGCACUCUUACUCCCAAUCCUAACCUCCAACUUGAGACAUUUGUAUUUUGGAGUGAAUAUAUGGCAAAGGAUGAGGAGCAUAAGCAUGACACCUAUAUUGCCAAAGAGGACCAUGUAGUGCAACUACAAGCAGCUAGUUCCACGAGUCCGGUACCUGAUAGAAGAGUACCAUUCACAACAGUUAAAACUUGA